GGUGAUCCUUUAAAAAAUUCUCCAACAAGCCUGGGGUAUUUUUUUUCUACAAGGCUACAAUUUGCGUAUUACUCGAACCUUUUUUACCUUCUCAAAUUUGCGCGACACGUUUUAAAAGAAGCCAUGAAGUGUUAAGUGUGUGCGGUACGAACUGCCGUUAUUCUCAUGCAAAGAACGGAAAGGGGAGAGACGCACGCAUUGCUCUGAUGCGUAUGUGCAAUCGACUCUGCGACGGAAAACAAAUCAUUUAAAAAAUCGCCGCUGCAAAAAAAUCGAAAAAACCCGUUUCUUGGUUUAAAAAAAUAAAUAAGAAAUCAAGCUGGCUCACACUCAUUCAACCCAGAACAGUUUGACAGCUGCUCUUCAGCCCCUUUGGAGGACUGUCAACAGCAAAAGGAUGGCAUCAGAACUGGCAAUGAGCAACUCCGACCUGCCCACCAGUCCCCUGGCCAUGGAAUAUGUUAAUGACUUCGAUCUGAUGAAGUUUGAAGUGAAAAAGGAGCCGGUGGAGCCGGAUCGCAGCAUCAGCCAGUGCAGCCGCCUGAUCGCCGGGGGAUCCCUGUCUUCCACCCCGAUGAGCACGCCUUGCAGCUCGGUACCCCCUUCUCCAAGCUUCUCGGCGCCUAGUCCGGGCUCCGGGAGUGAACAGAAGGCACACUUGGAGGAUUUCUACUGGAUGACCGGUUAUCAACAGCAGCUGAACCCGGAGGCUUUGGGCUUCAGCCCCGAAGACGCCGUAGAGGCGCUGAUCAACAGCAGUCACCAGCUUCAGACCUUCGAUGGCUAUGCUAGAGGGCAGCAGUUUGCCGGUGGUGCCGGCGCAGGAGGCACUAUGGCCGGGGAAGAGAUGGGCUCGGCAGCCGCUGUGGUAUCCGCAGUUAUCGCGGCUGCCGCAGCUCAGAACGGCGGUCCUCACCACCACCACCACCACCACCACGGCGGGGGACACCACCAAGCGCCCGGGAUGCCUCCCAGCGGGAACUCGGGGGGAAAUCACCAGCACAUGCAUCUGGACGACCGGUUUUCCGACGAGCAGCUGGUGACCAUGUCCGUGCGGGAGCUGAACCGGCAGCUGCGGGGGGUGAGCAAAGAAGAAGUGAUCAGGCUUAAACAAAAGAGGAGGACCCUGAAAAACAGAGGCUAUGCCCAGUCCUGUCGCUACAAGAGGGUCCAGCAACGGCACGUCCUGGAAGGCGAGAAGACCCAGCUCAUUCAGCAAGUCGAUCACCUCAAGCAAGAAAUCUCCAGACUGGUGCGAGAGCGGGACGCCUACAAGGAAAAAUACGAGAAGCUAAUCAGCAACGGCUUCAGAGAAAACGGCUCGAGCAGUGACAACAACCCCUCAUCUCCGGAGUUUUUCAUGUCGUCCAGAAAAUUUCUACAUCUGUGAUAGCCAAAUAUCACCCCCGUGCCCUUGGCCACGAAGUCUGAGAAAACACGACUACAGACUGCUGAUGGCCUAGAGCCCCCUCUGGCACCAGGACUGCCACAAAGCACAACAUUUAAGAACGAUGACCCACCUCCCCCAUCCCUCCCCACCCCCCCGGAGUCAUCCUGCCUCCUCCCGCGCCUCCUUGCGCCUCCUCCUGCCUCCUCCCGCCUCCUCCAGCCCCGCUCCCCCCCCGUCCCGCAGAACCCCCUCCUUUUCUAAAGACUCAAUCAAGACGACGACGGCCGCGACCCGGUCGUGAAGGACUUCUCUAAACGUGAAAAAAAUAUCUACGCAUGUUUGAUUUAAGAUCAGAAAAUAAAUUUAAAAAAGAAAAAAAAUAAUAAAAGAAAUGAUAGAAAAAGAAAGACCUCCGUGCCUCAGGGAGUGGGAGAAAAACCCCAGAAGAAGACAAACCUGACUCUCUCUGGCACCAUCUAUUGCUGUGGAUACAAUUCUCACCCAAUAUAAUCCCUCAAAAGCAUUGUUUCCUAUUUUACUUGUAAUUAUCAUUAUUCUUUCUCCGAAAGUUUUUGACUUUUUUUAUUAAGAAAAUGUAGGUUUGGAGUCCUUUAGCCUUGACAGAUUGCAUAAUGAAACACAACAACAUCAACAAGUCUUCCUUACUAAUGUCCUGAAACAUUAGCACAUUAACUCGACGCUCGAUAUAGAUUAUGUACAGUAGAACAGAAAACAAGCCCGUGUACAGGACUGUUUUAAUUCAUAUUGGAUUCUUCAGCUGGAUCAAACUCGAACAUGUACCAGAACUCUCUCUUCUGUAUAUAGUGCAUAAACACAAGCCUGUUUGCAUCGUCCAUUUCCUUUUAUCUUCUGUAAUAUUAAGACAUUUCAACGUUGUCUAUAUCUGUAUUGCUAUACAACCACAGAUACAGACAACCGAGAUCAAAUAGUGGUAUUUAAAUGAAUUAAUUUUCACCUUAGAAGAGACUCACAAGAGAAGAUUUGGCCUGUAUGGGUGGAAUUCUAUUAAUAAAAAUAUAAGCAAACGGGGCUCUGCUGGGGAAUCUGUGGGUGUUAGCAUAAGAACUCCGUACUUUAAAAAAAGAAAAGAAUAAAUCCCAGACAUGCUGGAAACGGCGGUUUGGCGGAAGCGUUCUCCCAAGACGAGCCACGCGAGCCAGGACCAGCUCCA